AUGGCGGCCAGCGAAGAGGAACAGCGAGCAAGGAAACACUACUUCUCAGAAUUAUUUGAGUCCAGCAAUGGUGACGAAGAAGAGAUGUUAGUAUGUGAAGAAGAUUUAGAGCAUAAUCCUUUUGAUGGCUUACCAUACUCAUCUCAUUAUUACAAACUUUUGAAAGAAAGAGAGGAACUUCCAUUUUGGAGUGAAUAUCCUUCCAUGGAGAGUCUUCUUCGUAAUCAAAUUGUGAUUGUUUCAGGAGAUGCUAAGAGUGGCAAAAGUUCACAGGUUCCCCAAUGGUGUGCUAAGUAUGGUCUUUCUGCCCAUUAUCAACAGGGGAUAGGUGUACACAAGUAGACAGCAAUGUGGCUGGCACUACGUGUAACUGAUGAGAUGGAUGUCAAUAGUGGCCAUGAAGUGGGUUAUGUUGUCCCAUUUGAGAGCUGCUGUACCACUGAAACAAUUCAGAGGUCUGAGGAUUUGUUUUUAAUCCCUUUAACAUUGUACGAAUGUCAUUCCUUGAAAUGUUUCAGAGCGGUAGCUGUGUUCUGCCCAGUAUAUCCAGCAGACCCCAAUGAAAGCUGCCUAUUAGACAAACCCAACUGGCUGGCUGAUGCAAAGGAACCAAUAUUUCAGGAUGGUUAUUUUAAAAGAAAUAAAGGAUCUAAUUUCAAUCCUGAUCUUGGAGAAUUAGUCCCUGUCUCUCUAGAUCCCAGCCACAAAGAUAUAUUCAAGCCAAAUGAAGAUAAAAAAAAAUGCUGCAAAAAUUACAGAAGAAAAGUGCUAUUAACCAUGAGCUUUGGAGAGUUGUUGGUCUGGAUUCAUACUAUAACCUUUGCAAUUUAUAUUAAUGUGGAGAGAAGAAAUGUUAGUAAACAAGAGAAUUUUCUGAUAUCUCUUCCUGGCAAACUCUUCUGCCUCUACCCUGGAUAAUUUACAUACAAGGAAAUGAAACCAUGCCUGUCAGCCAGAAUAUAGGACUCAAAUCUAACUAGCAUGGUUCUUUUUCUGAAGAGAAUGGAUUUAGCAGGCUUAGGCCAUUGUGAUCAUGUAGUGUGACCUACUCCUGAAAAUCUGAUGCAGGCUUUAGAAGAUCUUGGUUAUCUAGCACAGGAGAAUGAUGGAAACUUUUUUGAAUUUGGAAUAAUUACAAGGUCAGAGUUUCCUCAGGAUCCACAGCUGUCCAAGUCCAUUUUAGCUUCAUGUGAAUUUGACAGAAUGCUCACCAUUGCUGCCACGGUAACAGGAAUUCCUAAAGAAUGUUUUUGGCCACCCCUGCAACAUGCUGUCACUUCUUCCUCAGACUACGAUGUUGAGAAAUGGUGUCAUGAUUAUUUCCUAAGCUGUUCUGCACUGAGCAGGGCAGAAGUUAUCAGAGCUGAACUGGCAGAGAUUGUGAAAUGUAUUGAACUUCCCAUUUCAGAACCUGACUUUGAAUCAAAAGAAAAUACGCUAAGCAUAAAGAAACUUCUCUUAUCUGGUUACUUCAUACAACCAUAUUACUUGGGUAAAUCCUUGCAUCAAACUAUGAUAGAAAUGGAUUUUCAGGAGGAAGAGAAAGGAUCUCACCUUAUGAGAUUUGUGGAACUGGCACUUCAAUAAUAUGUUAGCAAUCUGCCUUCUAGUGAAAGCAAGGAGAUUCUGCAGGAAGAUCAUUUAUCACCUGUUUCAACAAUGAAAGAGGAACGCUAAAUAAAACAGCAAGACAAAGAAUAUGAAAAAUAUCCCCAAACUCCUGCUGAACAAAGAUGAAUUAUUCAAUGACUUAUAUCCAACUACUUUCAACCAAACAGAACCAGUAUGUGCAAUAUGUCCCCAAAUUAAUCCAUUCAAUGUUUUUUCAACUUGAAAUACACAGGUAUUUAACAGGAAAGAGAAGAAAAAUUAACUUCUUUAGAAGUCUUAGGGAUGUAGGGGUUUUUUUUAUUGUGUUCUUAAUGGUGACUCCAAAGUCUACUAGGAUAUAAUAUUUUAUAGUAACAGUAUGAUUGACAUUGUUAGUUGUACAACCUACACCUUUCACUAGUAUACAAAGGUGAUUCCUGAGGAACACAAAA